GCCAUUAACAGGGAGAAACUUAGUUUCAAAGCGAGUUAGGGGUUAGGUGUUAGGUAAUCUGCCAUUGUUGAGACGACGAAGAAAAACCCAACCAUGGAAGGAGCAGGGUCUCCUUCUUCCUCUCAGUCUCAACCACAAGGUUCGGACCAGUUGGAGAUGGAGGUUGCACACGCGCCGUCCUUACAUGAUGACGGUUCCAACAUUUGGGAUUGGGGAGAUCUCCUAGACUUCACCGUUGACGAUGGCGACUUGGCCAUCAAUUGGGCCUCCAACCCUGCCCGUCAACAGGCCCAGACGACGGGGGUGGAGCAGCAGCAGUUGCUUGUUCCGCCGACCACCACAGCCACGGCGACGACGGCGGGGGAGGAGGAGGGUAAUAAUUCAGAUCCUGGUCGGGUCAGGAAGCGAGACCCGAGAAUGGUCUGCUCCAAUUUUCUGGCGGGUUUGGUUCCCUGUGCUUGCCCUGAGAUGGAUGAGAAGUUGAUGGAGUUGGAGGAGGAGGAGGCCGGCCAUGGCAAGAAGAGGGCUAGAACCGUUAGGGCUUCGUCUGGGGUUGCUCGGUGUCAGGUCCCAGAUUGUGGGGUUGAUAUUAAGGAGCUUAAAGGAUAUCAUCGCAGACACAGGGUGUGCCUCCGGUGCGCCAACGCUACCACGGUGACUAUUGACGGCGAGACCAAGCGGUACUGCCAACAGUGUGGCAAGUUCCACGUAUUGGCAGAUUUUGACGAAGGUAAACGAAGUUGUCGACGGAAGUUGGAAAAACAUAACAACCGAAGGCGGAGGAAACCUGCUGGAUCUAAAGGUGCUAAUGAGAAGGAAUCUCAAGGGGACAUUCCUAGUGAAGAUGUCAGUGGUGAUGGUGAAGCUGGGAAGGAUUGUUCACAGUUUAGCAGCCAGAGGCUUCAAAAAGAAACAUUUGUGGAGUCUGAAGAUGGACACAUUUCCCCUCUCCGCUCAGGUCCUGAUUCCAAGGAUGGAAAUAGUGACGGCUUUCUAUCUUUAGUGGAUUCUGGUGAAAAUCAAAUGGAGGGUGGAAAAGAUAAUUCUAAGCGUGGUGUAUCUCCAUCCUAUUGGGACAAUAAGAGUGCAUACACUUCUAUGUGUCCAUCAGGUCGUAUCUCAUUCAAGCUCUAUGAUUGGAAUCCGGCAGAAUUCCCUAGACGACUUCGGCACCAAAUAUUCCAAUGGUUGUCCAAUAUGCCAGUUGAGUUGGAGGGGUAUAUUCGUCCUGGAUGUAUUAUCUUGACUGUGUUUGUUGCAAUGCCAAGGUUUAUGUGGAUGAAGUUAUUUGAAGACCCUAAAUCAUAUGUGCACGACUUUGUUGCUACACCAGGAGGGAUGCUAUCUGGAAGAGGCAAUAUACUUGUUUAUUUAAACAACAUGAUGUUCUAUGUAGUCAAAGACGGGACCUCUGUAAUAAAAGCCAAGGUGGAUGUGCUGGCCCCAAAGCUCCAUUAUGUUCAUCCUACUUGUUUUGAGGCAGGCAAGCCUAUGGAGUUUGUUGCCUGCGGUAGCAACUUGCUACAGCCUAAACUUAAGUUUCUUUUAUCCUUCUCUGGGAAGUAUAUGACAUGUGAUUAUAGUCCUGCAUCUUCUCAUUCUCUGACUGAUGGGAACAGUGCUUGUGGCUUUGACCAUCAAUUGUACAGGAUACGAGUCCCUUGUACUGAAGCCGACUGUUUUGGUCCUGUAUUCAUUGAGGUUGAGAAUCAGGCUGGCUUAUCUAAUUUUAUACCAUUGCUCAUUGGAGACAAAGAAACUUGUUCAGAAAUGAAGGUCAUUCAACAAAGACACGAUGAAUCUCACUUUUCAGAGAGGCCAUACUUCACUUCCAUUGGUUCCCCAUCAAACUUGUGUGAAGUUUCUUCUCAAAGACAGAGAGCAUUUUCCGAAAUUAUAUUAGAUAUAGGAUGGUUACUAAGGAAGCCAGGGUCUGAAAAUUCUCAGCCGAUCGUGACAAACUCUCAGAUCCAAAGACUGAAUUAUUUAUUAAGUUUUCUGGUAUCAAUCGAGUCAUUUAAGAUUUUGGAGAAAAUAUUGGAAAAUUUAAGAAUUGUGAUUAAUAAAAUGGAAUCGAAUGGUUCGUGUAAUGGUAUCAAUGAGGCUGAUUUAAAGCUGUUAAAGAAAUAUAUGGACUAUGCUCAUCAACUUCGUUCUCAGAAGCCACAGGAAGCUGUGAAUUUAGAUUUGAACUCCAGAAAUUCAAUGCUUCAGGAGGAUCAUGUUUCUGAAAGCUGCUCCCAAAAUGAUCCAUGCUCAAUCAGUUCUUUUCCCGGCCAGGAUAUGGAAAUAAUGGUUAAUAGUAAGUCGGGAAUUAUGGAAGAUUCGACUUAUAACAAGAGAAGUGAAACUAUUUCACUUCUGAAUAGAGAAACCGUCUUAAAACCUAACCUUAAGAAGGAAUGGCCAAGUGAUUCUGUUUGCCUCGUUUCUUCUGGGGAAGUCUUGAGUUCUAGGCGGAGAGCAUUCUUGGGCUUCCGCCCAACUUUGCUUGUUAUUGCCACUGCAGCUGUUUGUUUAGGGAUUUGUUCGGUUCUCUUCCAUCCUCAAAAGGUUAGCGAAUUUGCAAUAUCAAUCCGUAGAUGUUUGUUAAACAAAUUGUAGAUGCAAAAUCUUUGAAUCAUCCUGUGUUAUGGGAUUCCUUAUUUCUGUACAUAUUCUGUGCACACUACAUCUGACAUGAGAUUAAGAGAAGCUGCUCGAAAGUUCUAUCUGUUGUAGCAUGAGAUUUUUUGCAGCUGGAAGGACAAUUUCUGAGGCUGUCGCUGCCUUCUUCAAAGUGAGUUUUCUUGUCCUGCAGUUUUGGAAGUAUCAGGAUGAAAUGAAUAUCUGGUAAUUGCUCAUAAGUUUGGUUUUGGGUGAAAUAUUUCGUUUCCUGAGAUGAAAACUUGUGUCUGGUGUAGUGAGUCUAGAUAUUGAUAGUAGCUUUCUGACUUUCCUGUAUGUUACCUUGUUAAAGUGCUUAAUAAAAGGGCUGGUAUUUUUUUGACGGCA